AUGAGUGUUUCAUCAUCUUCUUUGGAAGAAUUGCACAGCCAACAUCGCAUUCUACACAUGCCAAUGAAAAGCUCUAUCUCUAUCAUCACUCUUGAGGACGACGAUGAUGUUAUUUAUGAUGGCGAGACAAUCAAAGAAAAAUCUCCGAUUCUUAAAGCUCAGAAAAAUGUCAUAAAGAGAAUUUGGAAUGAGGAUCCAGUUGGUCGUGAACGGAAAACACUGCCUGGCAUUCAACAAACUUUCAAGAGAAUGAAAAAUUGCGGGAGCUCUCCAAUGGUAGACGGAAUCCCAAGUUCGUCUAAUAUCGUGACUUGCUGUUCACCACUUUUUGAAGAAAGUUCGGAGGAUAUCGGAUCGAACCGUACUGGACUUGAAAACUACAUUUCGACAGUUGAAAAAGUAGUCAGCUGCUUCCAGAAAAAUUAUUUGGAAUUGGAGUUUUCACGUACCACAGAUCGGUAUGAAAAGAGUGGACCACAAAUUAGCAUGCACCUGGCUAUCACUGCUCUGAAUAAAUUCAUAGAAAGCUAUGAGUCUUCCUCAUUCUUCCAGGAAGUGCAGUUCGUGCGUCAGCUGUUCACGGAAACUGCAUUUGGCACGAAGAUUCCAAUCUCUACAGUGACCAGAGCGUUGCACUACAUUCUGGAAAUUUCAAAGCGAAACAGUUCUGAGAAUGAAUUCGAUGGCAAGGCAUAUCAUUUCAGUACCACUUAUAAGUUCCUCACAAAUGCUGCCAUACAUUUGAAAAUCGAAGAUGAAUGCUUCUCCAGAGAUUUCACCGCUCAAAACGUGUCCAAGUUUGUAAAUCCGUCCUCUUUGAAAGCAGGGAUUCAAAUGUUUAUUGUAAUGAUCAGCGAGAAAUCGGCUGUAUCGAAGACUUUGGUGCAAUUCAAAUUGAAGAGAGAAACUCCUGAAACCUCUUCCAGACAGGAAGUAUCGGUUUCUACUGGUUUCGGAAUGAUUCAAUGCCGAUCUUUUUUGGAGAAGCUUAUUGAUUUUACAAACUAUGUUGGAUUCUUCGAGUUGGCCGCACAAGUGGAGAUUGAUGUUGUGACACAAAACAAAGAAUACAUUAUUUCACUGCGUGACGUGUUGAAUGGGCUGAGCGAUGUGUUCAUAAUUUGCAGUACGCAUUGCAAAAGCCGGGAUGCCGUUCGCACAAACAUCUCAGGAAAUGCUUCUUACAAUAUUGACUACAACCUCUUGAUCUCUCACCUCUUCUGUCUCUUCAAAUCUCUUGAUCCGAAUUUUGCUGAAUCCGAUCUUGGCAAGAAAAUAAAGUUUGAAUUGUUACUGAAACAUGACAAGCUUAUCAAUGGACAAUUCGUCGAAGUCGGGAUUGUGGCACUGCUCUUCCUUCUCACACCAAUUACAUCCAAAGAAUGA